GAAAAACACUUGUCGUUGCAAAGCUCAUCGUAUGGAUACGUUAGCUACAAACAAGAAAAAUGCCGCUCUUUUUGCACGUCCAAACACGACCAUAUAGGGAGCUUUAUAAGCGCCGCCCGCAAGAAUUUGUUCGCUUUUUGUAAAUUUGCAAUAGCGAGUAUAGGACAAAGUGUACUUUUAAAACAUUUUUGAAUCACAACGUGAAGGAUUCAGAGCUUCCGAAAACGAAAGAUAAAUAAAAAAUAUUUUAAAUGCAAUAAAUUAUUUUCGGAUUUUACAUAAUUGGACUCAAGCAAUAAUGCUGGCUUUUGUAGGAAUAGGUUUAUGCGCGGCAUCGCUACUGUUAAACAUAGUAGGCUUAGCAAUACCGUACUGGGUAUAUGCAAGUGUUGGAGACAUAAAACAUUAUUACGGACUAUGGUUACGGUGUGCAUCCGCACGAGGACUAACGGAAUGUGCAAAAAUACCAGAUAUAGUUCUAAAUGAUGCCUACAAAGCGACGAGAGCGAUGGAGAUCCUUGGCAUGCUGCUCAUCCUUGCGGCACUAGUGGUUGUCUUGCUAAAACAGUUUGUCAUGAAGGACAAAGCACUUCUGCCAAAAAUAGGCGCUGGUUGCGCAAUAUUUGCUGGCAUUCUGAUGAUAAUUGGCACCAACAUCUUUGCAACUAUAGACAGAACAGAGUCAUCAAAUUUACAUGCCGGCUUUGCACUAUGCAUUGUUGCAGGUGUUAUAGGAAUAGCCGCAGGUGUUUUGAUGUUCCUGGCUUCCGGGUCUUCCAACGAUGGUUGAUGACAGCUGCAUUUUUCUUGCCAUAUAGUACUGACACAAGCAACGUUGUAGAUAAAAGUUCUUCAUAAUUUUACAUUCAUUAUGUAUUUUGUUUAGAAAGAAUAGUAUUUAUUUUUAACCAUCGGUAUUCAAGAAAUUACUUGAAGUGUUAAAGAUCCACAACGACCUAGUGACCUACUUUUUCCUCCCACGUGAACUUGGUGCAAAUAAUUCUGGUAAUACUGGUAUAAUACACCUUUUCUACAAGAUGACAGGUGGACAAUUGAGGUCCUGUUUUCACAAAUUCAUCUGCAAACUUAUUCAGUCAUUCUCUUCUCAGUAUAGUUUUAUAAACAUAGAAUAAUAACUAUCUUACACUGUAGAAACAAAGUGUGGUCUAAACUCACCUUAAUACAUGAAGUACCGU